AUGGAGAGGAAAGCCCUUCUUAGUAUCAAAGAAGGUCUUAUAGAUCCCUUUGGUCGACUUUCUUCUUGGAUAGGUGAAGAUUGCUGCAACUGGGCAGGCGUAGGCUGUAGCAAUCAGACAGGUCAUGUUGUCAUGCUUGACCCCAGAGAAAAGAACGACUGUCCUUCGGAUGGAGGGAAUUCAGCACCACCUUAUCGGUUCUGUCAAUUGGGUGGUCACAUUCCAAAGGUUUCACUAGGAAAUCUUUGCAAUUUACAAGUUUUAGAUUUAUCAUCGAGUUCCAUGGACGGUGAAAUCGAAGAACUCAUAGAGGGUUUGUCAAGAUGCAAUAAUUGUAGCUUAGAGACAUUGGAUUUAAACACAAAUAAUCUCGCAGGGAACUUGCCUGAUUCCUUGGGGUUCCUUAGGAAUUUGAAGUUUCUUGCACUCGGCUCCAAUAAACUUACAGGGAAGUUAUAUGAUUCCUUGGGGUCCCUAGGUUAUUUAGAACACCUUCAGCUUUGCAACAACGCAUUUUGGGGUCGACCUCUGAAGUCAGUGGGGAAUUUGUCACGUUUGGAAGUGCUCGACCUGAGAUUCAACAUGAUGAGUGGAACCAUCACUGAAAGUAAUGGACAACUCCCGCGGUUUUUUCAACUGGGUUUCUAUGGGAAUUCCUUUGAAGGAGUCAUAACCGAGCUUCAUUUAAAGAAUCUAACAAGAUUAUGUGAUCUCUCUUUAUCAUCAACAAACAAAUCCUUGGUGUUUAGAUUGAGACAUGACUGGAUUCAUCCCUUCCAGCUCAAUCAAAUUGCAAUCAGUGAUUGCCAAUUAGGCCCUUCGUUCCCUUUGUGGCUCAGAACUCAAAACACGUCUUUUCAAAUCACGCUCUCAAAUGUUGGCAUUUCAGACACCAUUCCUGAUUGGUUUUGGAGAAUAUUACCAGAGAUUUGGUGGCUGGAUCUUUCUCACAACCAGUUGAGAGGGAGGCUUCCUAAGUCGAUUGCAUUUCCCUCUGAUGUAGGGGUGCGGAUUAAUUUUGGAUUCAACCAUCUGGAGGGUUCAAUACCACUUUGGUCAAAUGUGACAGAUUUCUCAUUGAAGAAAAAUUUACUUUCUGGGCCGAUUCCCUCAAACAUAGGCCAUGAAAUGUCAGAAUUGCAAAACUUAGAUCUUUCUGGGAACUUUUUAAAUGGGAGCAUUCCGCCAUCUCUAAACAAUUUGACGAAUUUGAAUUUUAUUGAUCUAUCGAGCAAUCAGUUAUCUGGAAGAAUUCCAAGGCCAUGGCAGGGUUUGCAAUAUUUGAUGAUUGUAGAUCUUUCUAAGAAUAAUCUAUCAGGUGAUAUCCCCAGCUCUAUGUGCUCUAUUCCUUCGCUUGGCUGGUUGACAUUGAGUCGUAAUAAUCUUUCUGGGCAGCUCUCUACGCUCUUGCAGGAUUGCAAAGUUCUGUUUUCACUUGAUCUUGGAGGGAAUAAAUUCACAGGGUUUAUACCCGAGUCAGUUGUGACCAGCCAAUCUCCAAUGUCCUUUUUAAGCCUACGAGCUAACAUGCUAACAGGAAGCAUUCCUGAACAACCAUGUCCUCUCCACAUCUUGGAUGUAGCACAAAACAAUUUAUCAGGGUCCAUUCCUAGUUGUUCGGGCAGCUUGCCACGUCUGAAAACUUUGCGCACCAUCUUCAGGCUUGGACCCUCAACCACAGAAACAACAUUCGACAACCACAUGAAGUUGGUCAUUGAGGGACGAGAAAUUGUAUUUACCAAAAUAAUUCCACUUAUAAACAGCAUCGACCUGUCCAGAAACAAUUUAGUGGGAGAGACACCAGAGGAGAUAACAAAUCUAUCAACCUUAGGAUUCUUGAAUUUAUCUUGGAACCUACUGACGGAAAGAAUUCCAGAAAAUCUUGACGGUUUACAACGUCUAGAAGCCCUUUACCUUUCGCAUAACCAUCUUUCAGGCCCAAUUCCUCCAAGCGUAUCUUCAGUGAUUCUCUUGAACUAUUUGAACUUCUGCUCAAUAUCCACUGAUGGAGACAUAUAUUCCAACGACAAGGAUCGUGACAGAGCGGAAAAACCACACUUCUAUCUAAGUGCGGUACUGGGAUUUUUUGUGGGAUUUUCCAUUUUUGGCACUUUGGUUAUAAAGAAAUCUGUCCGACAUGCCUACUUCCGGUUCUUGGAUAAGAAGAUGGAUGAGCUCUCCGUGCUGAUUGCUGUUAACAUGGCUCGUUUGCGAAGGAAGAAUGUAAUGGAGAGAAAUUGA